AAGCAGAGCGCAGAGAGGGGGAGGCAGAGCUGUGGUCUUACCAGUCCCUCGCUCUCUCUCUGGAGUUGCAUGCAUUCACAUUUCCACCCAGAAAGGAUUCAACAGUGUGAUCGCUGCACGACGGACUACUGAGCUGAACCUCACACACUCUCAUCACCUGAGGCCACUGCACUACCUCACCUGAGGAUGAAGAACUCGGACAGAGCCAAGGAUCACUGAGAGAUGAUCUCAGCAGGGUCAUAUGGAAUUUGACUGAGGAGCAGCACAAAGGAAGGGGGAGAAAAUCCUGAUGACAGAGGAACAUGGCAAAAUUCUCUGCUUAAUCAGUUCUUCCAGUCUAUGAAUGAUAAAUCUGUGGAUGGGCUCCGUCAGUCCGACUGGUAUAUAAGGACUCUGUGUGCAUGUGCGACUAUCUUGGUGCUGACCUUGGUGCAACACUCCCUGCCCUUGGACCACAGGCCUCUAAAGUUCAGAGCAACAAUCAAACAACCUUCCUUCCCCCCAUUUUCCACUGUCUCCCUUCAGUGUUGUGCAGAACGUGAGAACCUGACAAAGUCUCACAGGUGCGUUAGCCCCUAACGGGACUUUCAUAAUCUCCAAAGAUCAAAAGCUGAAUAUGUCCUGAAAAGCUGGAAGCAGAGCAGAGAGGAGGAUUGUUUUGCUGCUGGCAUCAUUUUCAGGCAGAGAUGACACUGGAGGCAACAGUUUAAGUACAACGGACAAUGACAGGACAGAGCUUUACAUGAAAGACGCCAUUGAUGUUAGUUCACUGCGCUAAUGCUGCAAAUCACAUGCACCCCGAAGAGGGGUGGGUGUGCACUGCACAGACUUUUACCACUGGAUAACUGAAACCAGUAUCCCUGAAGCUAGAGCUAGUGGAAGAUUUUUCAUCGUGUGUAGAAUUUCAACCUGAACAUCCAAAGCUGCAAAAGAGAUGGAUGAAAUAAAUGAACUUUACCAAGUCCGGAGACAGUGGAGUGGUCCGACAUGCUUCUAAUACUGCUAAGCUGGAGAGGACACUGCUAGGAGGAAGUGGCCUCUUCCUCCUAUCAAGAUAAUGCACACGUCCUCAGUGUUGAUGUCUGCAGCCACCAUGAGCAACACGACUGUGCUUGACACUGCUGACCCAUCUGAUCUUGACAUGAACUCUUCUGAGGCAAUAUAUCCCAUCAGCUUUCAGGCUUCUCUGACAGGCUUCUUGCUGUUGGAGAUCAUUCUGGGUCUGAGCUCCAACCUCACUGUGCUGAUCCUCUACUGCAUGAAGCAGAACCUCAUCAGCUCCGUGUCCAACAUCAUCACCAUGAACCUGCAUGUGGUUGAUGUGUUGAUAUGCGUAUGCUGCAUCCCACUGACAACUGUGGUGAUCCUGAUUCCACUGGAGGUGGACACAGCCAUGAUGUGCUGCUUCCAUGAAGCGUGCGUCUCCUUCACGAGUGUAGCAACUGCUGCUAAUGUCCUAGCCAUCACUGUGGACCGUUAUGACAUCUCAGUACGUCCAGCGAACCGUGUGCUUACAAUGGGCCGAGCUGUGGUUCUGCUGGGAUCCAUCUGGGCUUUAUCCUUUUUCAGUUUCCUCGUUCCAUUCAUGGAAGUGGGCUUCUUUAUCAGAUCUAGUUCAUAUCUUUUGAACCAGACUACAGUGGUGUCUGUACCUCAUACAAAUGAGUACUACACAGAGGUGGGUCUGUACUAUCACCUGCUAGCACAGAUUCCUAUAUUCUUUUUCACAGCUGUUGUAAUGCUGGUGACUUACUACAAGAUUCUUCAGGCUCUUAACAUUCGCAUUGGAACACGGUUUCAGAACAACUUACCUAAAAAGAAGCAAAAGAGCAAAAACACCAUCUCUCUUAGCACUGCAGCACAAGCAGAGUCAACUGAUGUUUCACAGAGCAGUACAGGUGUCAGGGCAGGUGGAAAUGCACCUUUGGGCAUGCGGGCAUCAGUGUCUGUCAUUAUUGCACUAAGACGAGCAGUAAAGCGUCAUCGAGAGAGAAGGGAGAGGCAGAAACGAGUCUUCAGAAUGUCCCUUCUCAUCAUUUCCACAUUCUUAUUUUGUUGGACUCCAAUAACUGUACUCAACACCAUCAUCCUCAGCACUGGACCCAGUGAUCUGACUGAUCGCCUCCGCCUGGGUUUCUUGGUAAUGGCCUAUGGAACCACCAUCUUUCACCCACUCCUCUACGCCUUCACCCGGCAGAAGUUCCAAAAGGUUUUGAAGAGCAAGAUGAAGAAGAGGGUGGUGUCUGUUGUUGAAGCUGACCCUACACCAAACAAUGUGGUCAUACAUAACUCAUGGAUCGACCCCAGGAGAAACAAGAAGGUCACCUUUGAGGACACAGAAGCCAGACAAAAAUGUCUAUGUUCACAGGACGCAGAGUAAUGGGGCUAGCUCAAAUGUAAAUAUGUCAAAUAUAUACAACAUAUUGCUAAAAGGGAGAUGGAAGGUAUUUAGAAAAAACAGGGGAGAAAAACUAAAGCCAAAAUGGUGUGCUGAUUAAACAAUGGAAUGCUUACAGUAUAUUGCCAAAAAUAUUCCAUAUUAUCAACAUAAAAUUUGAUUCUGGAUUUAACAGGAAGCCAAUGAAGGGAAGCCAA